UCCGAGGUUCCAUAGGUGCGCGCUUUCGCACACUGCGCUGAACGUGUGGCGGUGACGUUGAGCGGUGUUGUCCGAGCAAGUAUUUUGCUUUUUUUUAAGAGAAACUAGGAAAGCACGUUUUCAUCUGGACGGCAGCACUGUAAACACGUCGGUCAUCCGAUCAGCCAUGGCUUUAUCUUUACGGGCCUUCGCUUUAUAAAGCUGUGUGCGCGGUUUUCGAGUGUUUACGUGUGAAAAAAAAAAGUGCGUGCACACCUCCCUCCUGUGCUGUGGUGUUGGACAGCGUUUCCCGAGAUGUCUGCGAUCGUGGAUCAGACGCCCAACACGGCCAAAUCUGUGAUUGAUCUCUUCGCGCCAAACCAUGUUCCGGUAACGGGCGAAGACAAGAUAGACUGCGAUGGACUCAACGAGAAGACGGUCCUCGUGAGUCCAUCCGAAGAGCAGUACGAUGCUCUGCAGAGGCAGCUGUCGCAGCGGUUACGAAAAGGACAUGGUGAAGUCAUCUACGAGAUUGGGACUGGAGGUCAAGGCGAUGCUGGGCUCACAGCUGAGGAGAUGGAUGCCUCAGUGGCAACAUUACAAAGUAUGGCGUCAACAAUGGAGUGUGACUGUGUGCGGCUGCGAGAGCGAAAAACUGCCGAUGGGCUGAUUGCCGAGUAUCUGGUUCGGCGACGGGCCAAGGAGAAUGACUUUGUGGAAGUCAGGGUGGCCGUGGUGGGCAACGUCGACGCCGGCAAGAGCACUCUGCUGGGCGUGCUCACCCACGGCGAGCUGGACAAUGGCCGUGGCUUGGCUCGGCAGCGGCUGUUUCGGCACAAGCACGAGGCCGAGUCCGGCCGCACCUCGUCCGUGGGCAACGACAUCUUGGGUUUCGACUCGCGGGGCAAUGUCGUAAACCAGCCCGACCCGCACGGGGGCCAGCUUGACUGGAUGCGCAUCUGCGAGCAGUCCUCGAAGGUGAUCACGUUCAUCGACUUGGCAGGCCAUGAGCGCUACUUGAAGACCACCAUCUUUGGCAUGACAGGGCAUGCCCCCGACUUCACCAUGCUCAUGGUGGGUGCUAAUGCAGGUGUGGUUGGCAUGACCAAGGAGCACCUGGGCCUGGCCCUAGCGCUGAGUGUUCCUGUGUUCGUCGUGGUCACUAAGAUGGACAUGUGCCCAGCCAAUGUUCUGCAAGACACCAUGCGCCUGCUCGUGCGAAUUCUUAAGUCGCCGGGCUGCCGCAAGAUCCCCGUCGUGGUCCACUCAGCCGAUGAUGUGGUUGUCUGCGCCACCAAUUUUGUCUCUGAAAGGCUGUGCCCCAUAUUCCAAGUUUCCAACGUGACGGGUGAGAACCUGCUGCUGCUCAAGAUGUUCCUGAAUCUGCUUUCCACACGCAUGCCCAACCUGGACUCUGAGCCAGCAGAGUUCCAAGUAGACGACACCUACUCGGUCCCCGGUGUGGGCACAGUGGUGUCGGGCACCACGCUCAAGGGCGUCAUUCGGCUGAACGAGGUGCUCCUGCUCGGACCGGACCCACUGGGCCACUUUCAGCCUGUGGCGGUCAAGUCCAUACACCGGAAGCGGAUGCCCGUCAAGGAGGUGCACAGUGGUCAGACAGCCUCCUUUGCACUGAAGAAGCAAGUGAAGCGCUCGGACAUCCGCAAGGGCAUGGUGCUGGUGUCGCCCAAGCUGGAGCCCAAGUCGUGCUGGGAGUUCGAGGGCGAGAUCCUGGUGCUGCACCACCCGACCACCAUCAGCCCUCGCUACCAGGCCAUGGUUCAUUGCGGCAGCAUCCGGCAGACGGCCUCCAUCCUGACCAUGUCAACCGACUGCCUGCGCACGGGCGACAAGGCGCUGGUGCGGUUCCGCUUCAUCAAAAACCCAGAGUACCUGCGUCCAGGCAUGCGCCUGGUGUUCCGCGAGGGACGCACCAAGGCUGUGGGGAACGUGCUGCGCCUGUUCCCACCUGUGCCCGGGGGCGGGCACUACCACGGGGUCACCAAGGUGGCCAGCAAACCGCAACAGCAGGCCAGGAGCAACAGCACACCGUCCACCUCUGAGAACAACGGCGACGUCUUGCCAGUUGAACACCAAACAGCGGAUACCACAUCAUCCGGGAGCUUAUCAACAGCAGUGCCCAGGGCCGAGAACGAACCGCAGAAAGCCAGCAAACGCAACCGCGGCCGUUACCGAGGUCCCCGAAUGGCCCCAGUCAUCUAGGCGCCUUGUGUUUUGUAGAGUGUGUUUUUAAGACCCAGAUAUUAUGUUACAUCACCCGACAAGGAUCUUUGUAGUGCGUACUUAAAGCCAGCGUGCACGCCCACAUUCUCUGCCACUCUUAACCCCGACUCCUCGUGCCCAACUUGGGCAUCUCAUUGGUGGAUCCUUGGUGCUGUCUUUAUACCCCCGGUGUUCUUAAAUUUUUUUUUCUUUUCCCGUCGCUUCAUUGUCUGUGCCCGUGUGUCUAAUAGGACUCGCUUGCCAAGCAUCUGUUCCCAUUCCUUGUAUGUCAAAAGGACUCGCUUGCCAAGCAAAAGUUUUACCCAUAUGUGUUCAGAACAACCUUACCCUGAACUAACUUGCAAGAGCGAAUUCGGCUUUGAAAAUUUUGCUCACGAGCUUGUUAGCUUUGUCACUUAGCUCCUCAUUUUCUCUCUUGUCAUGGACAGUACAGCCAUUGUGCUUUUUUUGUUGUUCAGGAAUUUCAUUUCUCACACAAUGCGACCUUAUUGUUUUGCCCUUGUGUAAUGCCCAUUGACUUUGACCGUUCCUUUUCUUCUUUUUGACAGCUUUAGGCUCGUUAAGCUUGCGUUGUUGCUAUAAUGACUAGUUUGUUUGGCCAUGAUGUAACUUCUAACGUUUGUCUACUUCUUCUUGCUGGUUCUACUCUGGCGAUUACUAUUGAAACACGGCACACUUUAGUGCCACCAAUGUCCUCUACUUGCACGUUGUUCAAAUUAAGAUUUGCGUGACGUACGCUACAAGUUUAAGUAUUUAACCGACGCUUGGCUCAAAUUGGGUUUAUAACAUUCUGCCAACUUUUGUGAUGUUGACUAACGCGAACAAAUGAAGGCUGCAAUGAGUCAGAUUCUUAGAGGGAAUCAGCUGGUCUUGCACAGGAUAACAUUCGAUUAUCUUUUGAUGCUCUGAAGAGUUUACCUAUAUAAACUCAAUGAUGACAUGUGUAGGAAAGAGGAAAAGGACGAAAAAAAACAACUUAGGGGAAGCUUUACGCGGUUGGGCUUUACAAGGCACCCUCCUAUGACUUCGUUGUCGUCGUGUGUUCAAUUGCCAAAUGCAAACAUGGGGUUGAAUCCUGGGUACAGUGCACAAUAAGUUGCUUUGUUCAUCGUAGGUUUAAGUACUGCUGGCCGCUUCUUCGAGGCCAUGCCACUCUCUUUUCUGCUCGCCACAUUUAAGGACUUUAUUUCUCUCGUCCUUGAUACGCAAGAACAUUGUUGACAUUGCAACAGCAAUACUCACUCCAAAGUAUUCGCAUGGUUAAUUUCGCGUUGCAUCUUCCGAGCGGUGUGACAGACAAGCAGGCGACAAACCCAACGUGACUGUGACAAGCAGCAGCUGCGUCCUACGAUUACUUUUUUAAUGACAAGGCUUCAAGGUUGUCCAUAUGACACUUCCUCCACGUUGAUGAUGGCACUGCUGCAGUCACAGGGCAUAAACAAUGAUUCUACAGACUUUGUGGUAUCAGCAUAGGUAUUCAUUUCAGUCCGAGAACCUAAUAGUAUAUGCAGCCAACAUCACAUUUUUUAGACUCCGUAGAGACCGCAAGAGCGGUCCAGAAACCAGGCAGUCAAAAAAAAAAAAAAAGCAUGUCUUUAACUGCCCUUUAAGAGCUCAAAUCGCCACAGCCACGCCCGAAAUAGCUUUACCUGCCAGUACACAUACUAGGUGUCUUGGUGCUCGUACUGCGACAGGACAUGGCGGGGGUGUGUGUGUAUAAUUAAGGAACACAUUUUAUGUCCAGUGACAGUGGCUAGCCCCCUUGCACGCUUGGUAUGCUUGCAUGCUUCACUGCAAUACUGCAUAUGCUUGAUCACAUGACACUGCUGUAUUGCGAAGCUGACUUUCAGGAGCCGGUAUUAUGCAACGUUUUAGGCCUUCUCUGCGCCUCAACGACAUCAGCGAAGAUGUCAGCGCCCUUGCCAACAGCGGCAAAUCCUUUGAAUGAAAAACAUGGCACUGAACAGCAGGAACUUUGAUAACAAAGUGUCGAAGCACCUAGGCCUAGAAACGGCACAAAAUGGCUACUGCCAGCAGAUUGGCGCAGGAGAGCGCUGGUUCAAGGCGGCGAGAUAAUCAAAAUGGCAGCGGCUUCAAUUAAUGCCGUUUCAGACCUGCAGUCAUGGUAAAAGGUCUGAAAAAUUUGACAGUGAGGACGUCCAUAUAUAUUGGCUAUAUGCGGUAUGCGGCAGUGUUGCAAAGACAUCUGAAUUAUCGGGCAUGUCCGAAAAAUCAGUCAACUGUUUAAAAUAAUGUGUAGCUGUGAAAAAGGCAUAUUGGAGGCAUAGAGAAGUUGGGAGUGAUUCAUUGUGAGUUAAUUCCUUGAGCCUAUAACGUAACGUACUUGUACUGCUGGGUGGUGUCUUUCGAAGGUAUAAUUGGAGGUCUGUUGAUGGUCCGUAUUUUUUGCUUUGGACAACGUAAUGGUUACGAAAAAGAGAAUGCUUUAUUGGAAUCGUUAUAGGCAUAAUUUGCAUUAUACUAAAAAGUUGUAUCUGUGCAGUAAGGUUGACAUUUGGAUGAGUUGGUAUGGAUUUGUGAGUUGGAAUAUCGUGAUGGAUGAUAAUGAAGGAAAGGAGAGGACACAUUCAGUGCUUACUUGCUACAUCUGUUCAAGUGGAAUAUGGUUUUUAACCCUUUAACUCCCAAAUUAUUUCCGAAAAAACAUACUGAAUUUCCCACAUUUCUUAUGUAGUCAUAAUUUUUUCUAUGUCGUUCUGAUUUUGCAAAUAUAUUGAUUCUUGAUUUCAUGUUCUUUCUGACCUUCCACUGCUCUCUAGCGCUGAAAAUUGAAAGUAAUGCCGAUCACUGACCGUGAGCAAUAUUGCAACAACCUCCCUUGACGAGCAUAGCUCAGAAUUGCGAGUUGAAGGGUUAAGUACAGAUAAAAUACAAACUAGUAUUGUUGCUGUCUGGCUUGGUGCUUGCAUAGUUUAUGUUUCAUCUGUUCUUAAACACUUUGGUUGUGUAUGAGACCUGGUGGUGUCAUUUUACUUCCAGCUUUGUUGUGCUACACAACGUGUCUUUUUUUCUCGUCCAUUUUAACGACAACUGACAUCGCAGACAAAGUGAGAAUUGUCAGUUCCAUCCUCGGAACUGCUGAAAGAUUGCAGUUCUUGCCGACUCUCUACAAUAGAAUUCAUUGUCUGCUUUGAAGCGCUGCAGUCAUGACGCACGUGUAUUAGAAUGCAGUGCAUUAGAAACACAAGAAAGCUUUCUGUGUGGUAAAAUGACAGUUUUCCUUUUCUGUAUUUUAUCGCAAAGCAUUGGCUAGGAACCAAUAGGGCCAAGAUGAAAGCGCUAUAUUCCACAUUGCUGUAUAGAAAACCACUGCUGUGAAACUAUAAUCGUGGAGUUGCAAAGAAAAUGAAAGCUAAUUUAACCGGCACAUUUAGGACAGAAAUUACGGUUGUCAAGAUUUUUGGGUUGUACAAUGUUUUAGUUCAAAUCAUUUUUUUUUUUUGCAAGUUGGCUACGAGGAUUGGGAGGUGGGUGGGGAGCAAGCAAUAAUCUUGCCCUGUUUCUUGUUGCUGCAUAGAACAGUUAUCACAAUUUUAACUCCAUAGUUGCUUGUGGUGCUAAAGGUGCAGGCGUUGCGUGUUGACAGAGUUUAUGGGUAUUCCCUUGAAAUUUCUCCAUCUUCCUGUCUACAAGUUGUCCCUCCAUGCACAUGUACAGUCGGCCACAAAAUGUCACGAGACACUGGUUCCUCUGACAGGUGUGAAUUUCUACUUUGUUAAGAUAAAAUUAGGUGGAGCUGUAUCGAUAAGCUGGGCUUCUACAAUACGGACAGUGCCACUCUCAUGGCGAAAGCAGAUUUGGCAAAAGAAAAGGCACACGAAGGCACGAUGGGUGAUGACGGUGCCUUCGUGUUCCCCCACCAGCUCAUCAUGUGAUGUAGAUUUUGAGGGUGUUUGUGCUCGGGCCUAGUUAAUCGUUUGCCAACGAAUGUGGACUACACUGUAUUCUAAAAGAGCCAAAGUCUGCGCUUGGCAAGAUUAAAAAAACUUUCGCUAUUGCCAUUGUUUGCUCCCCCCCCUCCCCUCCUCGGAGUGUUCUUUAUUACAGGGUCUCUUACAUUUAAAGAUGUCUGUGCAGAGACAAUUGCCCGUGUUGUACCUACUACUGGAACCGCUGAACACUCUUGAUAGCAUUAUUUCCGCAGUUUACUGUGGCCUUGAUUUCAAGGUAGCAUAAAUGUAUUGUGAUGUUUCCUGUUCCUUUUAGUCUUAGUUAUUUAUCGGUAAUUAAUGAAGCAUACAGUUUUGUUGGCUGAUGUUAAAUAUGUAGUUGGUUGUGCAUAGGUCAGUUCCUAAGAUAAUGAACAUUUCACUUCUGUUGUUUGAGGCUACGAUGUAAAAAAAUUGCAUAAUAUAUUGUCUCUAAGGCUUGAUUAGUAAGCUUAGAGUAAGUAAAUGAAAUGUUAGAAGGCAGCUUUUCUAUCUGACCAUUAUUAGCUAUAUUACAGCCCAUUACAUGUGGCAGAAAAUCAUCAUUAGCCUAUUUUAUGUCCACUGCAGGACGAAAGCCUCUCCCUGCACUCUCCAAUUACCCCCUGUCCUGCGCCUACCUAUUACAAUUACACCUGCGAAUUUCCUCAUUUCAUCAGCCCACCUAGUUUUCUGCUGUCCUUGACUGCACUUCCCUACUCUUGGCACUCAUUUUGUAACUCUAUUGGUCAACCGGUCAUCUAACCUACGCAUUACAUGGCCUGCCCAGCUCUAUUUUUUUUUCUCUUCAUGUCAACUAGAAUAUUGACUAUCCCCAUUUGCUCUCUGACCCACACUGCUCUCUUACUGUCUCUUAACGUUAUGCCUAACAGUCUUCAUUCCAUCGCUCUUUGUGCGGCCCUUAACUUGCUCUUGAGCGUCUUCGUCAACCUCAAGCUUCUACCCCAUAUAUUAGAACGGGUAGAAUGCAUUGAUUGUACACCUUUCUUUUCAAUGAUAGCAGUAAGCUGCCAGUCGGGAUCUGGCAAUGUCUGCCGUAGUGGCAGAAAAUGUGGCAAUAUAACUGGUGAAAACAGAAAGGUGCUUCAAACGUUUCGUUUUUUACUCUUUAUUAGAGGUGGGUGAAUAACAUUUUUUGAAUAUGAAUAGGAAGUAUUGAUUGAAUGUUGAAUAGUGAAAUGCAAAUGCAUAUACCUAUUUACAGAAGGAACGUUUGUUCCUGUAGAACUAAGUACCACAUCUGACUGGUCCAAAAAAAAGACUGCCAGCUAUCAGGGACAAAGAAUAUGGCUUAAACAAAAGACCACUAAUUGUCAUUAAAAGACUGAACGACAUCUUUAGGGCUUGGUUACAAACAGGCCUUGCAAGAAUGAAUGGCUGCUGUAUGAAGUGGAGAUUCAUGAAACUGCUAAAUAAAUUGUUGCAGAAAAGCGAUCACAAGUUAUAGAAAAAAAAAAAAGAAAGCUGCUGAUGGACUUCUUUGCCACAAACACAUGUAAAAGGGCCUGCUGCAAGGAAAACAUCGGUAAUCGUCAUGUAAAAGAUCGAAAUGCGGCUUGACCAGCCCGACAGAAACACCAGAUUACUUGCUACGUGCAGAACUCUUAUGUUGUCAUGCAAGCUUGUGCCUCAAAAACAAAACUGUGUUAGCAGACAAAGAAGAGUAAGAAAACAUCAGUAGUCGUUUGUUGCAAAAUAUUCAGUUAGUUUUGGAUAUUCAGAAACAGUUCCUUUCUGAAUACGAAUGGUCGGUGAGCGAUAGUCGGUUCAUGUUUGAAACUUCAAAUAUUCACCCGCCUCUCCUCUUUAGGCUUGGAAAUACUUUACCUUGGGAAUAUUUUAUCCUUUCUUUUUAUAUUGUGACCUGAAAUAAUGGAAGAGUAAUGUCAUCUUGGAAACAAAUUGACUUACGAAAAAAAGUUGCCUAAUCGUCAAUCAUCAGUUGCCAAUCAAGUUAAGUUAAAGAAAGAGUGAAGCUUCAUCAGUAUUGACAGAAAAAAGUCUCAACACCAGCGCCUACACAGUUAAGCCGAUGCAUUCAGAUUUUCUUUUUUCCCUCAGUGUGUUAUAUUUAGCCAUUACAUCUUGUUGGCCAACGUUUGUGGGGUGUACCUUUGACAAGUACCGGGUACAAUGCAUUGGAAAUUUGCUGGGAGUACAUGGAAGUGGGUAACAUGGACACUCAUGCCAAAUUACUGAUUUUUUUUUAGAGAGGCGUGAAUCUCGUCGGAGGCUUGUUCGUCAUUGACAGUCAAUGAAUAUAGCAAAAUUUUUGGCUGUUUGGAACUGGCGUUAACCACUAAAGAAUGUAAAACUACAGGUUCAAGCCUCAUAACAACAACAACGAAAUGCAGCAUCACAUAGCGCUCAUGCAUGAUGCAGUGCUGUUGUUGCGUAAUUGUGAUUUUCAACUCGUAUUUUUAAUUGUCUUUCAGCAACAAUGCCCAAGAUGAGAUUAAAAAGUGAUGGCACUGCCAAGGCUUCACGCGUUUCCAUGCCAAUGCAGCGUUUUAGUCCCGAGACCCAUGCAAUGCCAUUACCGUAUAAGCCGUGAUGAUGGAAACAUGCACAGGAAUCGCAAAUUAAAGAAGUUACUACUGACACGCAUUUUUCAAGUCACAGAAGCCCUACUGCACACUUGGAAAUUAUGUGCUGUGAAGGUCGGAAAGUGUAAGAUACUUAAAUUUGAUACUGAAGUCGGUCUCUAAAUGAUUACUGGUACCAUUGACGUUCUCGUGAUGUGACACGAAGCCAAAAUUUUUUAUUCUUGCGUAGCAAUAAUGGCUAAGUACAAAAACAAGUUGCCCAUAAAAGAAAUUAAACGAGAGUGUUGUGUGCA